AUGCAAGGCCUCGCGGUGGCAUCCUCCAAGAUCGUGCUGCUCGGCCUGGCGGGUGCUGCGGCCGCCCACGACCGCAGGAGGCUCGUCUCCAGCACCUCCGACGAGCCGUGCAUGAAGAUGACGCUCUACUGGCACGACAUCCUCUACGACGGCGGCAACAACACGGCCAACGCGACGUCCGCGGGGGCGACCAAGCCGACGGCGCUGAGCACGGCCAGCUGGAAGAACGGCACCUUCUUCGGCCUGCUGGUGGUGUUCGACGACCCGAUGACGACGGGGGAGGCGCUCCCCGUCGCCGGCGAGGAGCCCGCGGCGCGCGGGCAGGGCUUCUACUUCUACAACAAGAAGGACGGGUACAACGGCUGGUUCGGCUUCUCCAUCGUGUUCGACUCCCCGGCGCACAAGGACACCCUCAACCUCGUCGGCGCCGACCUCAUGGAGGAGGAGACGCACGACCUCACCGUCGUCGGCGGCACCGGCGACUUCUUCAUGGCGCGCGGCAUCACCACCAUCCGCCUUGACGCCUACGAGGGCACCACCUACACCCGUAUCCAGAUGGACAUCAAACUCUACGAGUGCUACGUCUAAUAACAUGCCCGCGCGUAUAUUUAUGCAUGCGUUGCGUGUACUAAUAAGGAGUAAUAUAUUUACUUUGAUGUUUUAUUCUUGUUUUGAUGCAUGAGGAACAUGGAUUGUGCGUAAUUGCUGUAUACACCAGUAA